AUGAAUCCUACUGUCCCGUCUGUCAAUGUAACUUUGCACUCCCAGGACAACGUGACCAUUUCUCAGCAAGCAGGUAUCGAGAUAUACGAGGUGCCUGUGAGUGUCAUCAGUUUACUCUCUGUAUGCUAUGGUACCGUAUCGCUCUUGGCGGUGCUGGGAAACUUUUGUGUGUUAUGGAUUGUGGCUACUAGCCUCCGGAUGCAAACGGUUACCAACUUUUUCAUCGCGAAUCUGGCUUGUGCGGACAUCAUUAUUGGACUCUUCUCCAUUCCAUUCCAGUUCCAGGCGGCGCUGUUACAGCGAUGGGUCCUACCUGAAUUCAUGUGUGCUUUCUGUCCUUUUGUCCAAACGUUGUCCGUGAAUGUCAGUAUCUUCACGUUGGCGGCCAUCGCUCUCGAUCGGUACCGUGCCGUCAUGUAUCCUCUCAAAGCCCGAACUACGAAACUCAGGGCUAAGUUUGUUAUCCUGGGUAUUUGGGCGUUCGCCGCGACGACCAGUGUACCCUAUGCGUUAGCCCUAAGGGUAACCUACGUGUACGACCCCAUGACGAAGAACUACACCAAACCCUUCUGUGACAAUGUGGGUGUUCCACAGUGGGUGUGGAAAACGUACAACCCCGUACUGGUUUGUUUGCAGUAUUUCUUUCCGUUAUUUGUCAUCAGCUACGCAUACGGAAAAAUGGGUCUGAAACUGAAGGAUGCACGAGCACCUGGAAACGCCGAAGACGUCCGAGACGCGGGGAUUCUUCGCAACAAACGAAAGGUGCGAUAUUCUCAUCUCCGUCAUCUUCUUGAUUAA